AUGGCUAGCCGUCUGACGUCCCUCCUGUGCAGUGUGGGGAAGUUUCCGUGCAAACCUGACUGCUUAUCCGGUGGGAAAUGUGAAGAUGGAGACAUCAAUUUGUGUGACAUCGUAUCCAUCGAAAUGAAUAAGAGAAAGACUUUAGACGAUUGUUUUACCACAAGUAGCUCUGACGAUAGAUACAAGUACCAAGACAGCUCCGACAUAUCCAAAUAUAAUUUUCAUGGGUGCAUUAAGAAAGAAGGUUUUCCGUAUACACUCCAGCUGGGCAAUUUUAAUGCGAGCAACUUGUGUCCUGCAUUCCUACGGGACAAAGCAGAUUGUCAUCGUAACGGAGACGAACAGGUCUCAAGUAGCGUUAUCGAUCUGGAUGAUGAAGUUCUCAUUGCCAACAUCCCCCUUGGUUGUUUCAGGGAAGUUGCACAACGAUCCCUGAACACCUUGGAAUAUGGGAACUCCCGCGUCAAUAUCACGGAGCGAAACAUGAGGAUCAAUCGGAAGGAUACAGACCUAAUGGGGCAUAACGUAAGAACGGGCGAAAAACAACCCAGUCAUCUGUACAGCGAAAUAGGCAAGCCAGAUGCGGCUGGAAGUGAGCACUCGAUGAGCGAGGGGGAGGAAGAACAGGAGAGGCAAAGAGACCAGAAUGUAGAGCAGGAAGAAGCUUGCGAUGGAGAACAGAAUGACCCUGGGGGGGGAGACAUAGGACAUGUAAUUUUUCCCCCAAAUUUUGACGCAACAAAUGAGGCGCCCGACAAGAUAGGCGAGAUCGACGAGAUGAACCGCGUGAAAAAAUCCUCCUCUUAUGAAAAAAAAAAAAAAAGUAAUAAUAAUACCAUGAAAAAAAAGGAAAGUAAGGAGAACCGCGGAAGAAAUUUGCGCUCCAUGUUCGGCUUCUUCGCUAGAGCAGAGCCCGCGAUAUCCAAUUCGUCUCGUUCCUGCAGGGAAAAGGUUUCCGACGCAUCCUCCGAGUUUUUGUCGGUGAUUAGCAGCGCCAAGUCGAAUGCGUGA